AUGGCCUGGGGCCAGACCCUCCAGGGUCACACGUGGGCCGCUGACAGGCCUUGGAUCCCGAGCCGAGGAGGGCUGGAGCUCAUGCAGGCUGACUACUUGCUCCAAGAUUAUCCUGUCGCCGUCGCCUCCAACCUGCAGAAGGAUGAGCUCUGUGGGGCGCUCUGGCGGCUGGUCCUGGCACGGCGCUUGCUGUACAGCCUACAGACCGUGGCAGGGUCCCAGAUGCGCUCUCUGCUGCAGACUGUGGACAAGGAGAUAGACUUCGUGACCUUUUGUGCCUUCCAGCCACCCCCCAGCUGUCUUCGCUACGUCCAGACCAACAUCUCCCACCUCCUGCAGGACACCUCGGAGCAACUGAAGAUUCUGAAGUCCAGGAUCCAGAAAGAUAAUUUCUCUCAGUGCCUGGAGCUGCAAUGCCAGCCGGAGCCUUCCACCCUGCCGCCCCCACAGAGUCCCGGUGCCCUGGGGGCCACGGCCCCCCCUGCUCCCAGACACCCCCUGCUGUUGCUCUUGCUGCUGCCCCUGGUUGCCCUGCUUCUUCUGGCGGCGGCCUGGUGCCUGCACUGGCAAAGAGGGCACACACCACCCUGCUCCAGGGAGCAGGUGCGCCCUGUCUCCAGUCCCCAGGAAGAGCUGCCCCUGCAGCCAGCCGAAUGCUGAUGCCCCCAGGAUUUCAUCUGGGCUUAACCAAUAGACGUUCCACCAGGGGAUCGCUGUGAGGUGGUGCUGAGAACAAGCCAAACAUCCACUAGAAACUGAACUGCAGCCUGACCGACGGGGGAUCUGGAAUUUUCUAGCAGCCACGUUCCAAAAUGUUCAAAGAGCCCUGUGACAUCACCUUCGGGGAUGGACUUGACUGACUUCAUCCGGGCAAUUCGCAGCCACCGAGUCCAGUCCGUGACGACCCACAGCGACCCUGUGGGCACAGGGGACAGCCAGCCCUGUGGUUUCUGGGACGGCAACGCCUUCCAGGAGCAGACGGCCUCAUCUUUCUCCCAAGGAGCAACUGGUGGCUUAGAACAACUGACCUUUCGGUUAGGCGUCCAACGAGCAUCACCCUGUGCCGCUGGGGCUCUGGGGGAGCUGAAGGAUGGUCACCGUGCCAUGUCAUCCGCAGCAAAUGCGACAUUUCACACACACACACACACACACACACACACCACCCCAUACCUAGUCUUCACAGGGAGUCCCCAGUGAAUCUAGCAGUGAAAUGGUAGAAUCCUAACCGGAAGGUUGGGGGUUCGGUUCGUGAAACAGCCCCCUAACCCCCAAGGCACCCUGGGGAAACACAGAUCUGUAGAUCUGCUUCUAAAAGCUCAGUCUUCAAGACAAGAGGGAGCAGUUCUAUUCUGCCCCCAUGAGGUCGCCAAGAGUCAGGAGAGAUGUGCGCGAGCAGCUUGCAAGCCUUCAAAGCGCAGUGUGUCGGAGGAAGGCCUUCCAAAAAGUCUGUGGGAAAAUGCCAUCCUCUUCUCAUUCCAUUUAGCCACCAGCUUUUUGAAGGGACCCGCCCCCGCCCCUGCCCCCAGCCAUAGCUUGUAUCUAGACAGUCGGAGGCUACAGUUCCACCGGGCACGCUUGAUCUGCAUCUGUCCUGCAGGACAUUUCUGACUGCAAAGCAGGCUUCCCAGGACCCAGGUGUUUGGGACCAGACCGGAAGUUUUCCAAACGUGCAUGAGUGUCAAAGGCCCAGCCCUUGUUUCUGAGCAAUCCUAGAUUUCUAAGCUGCAGUUAAAGCUGGUUCCUCAGCUUCCCUGACCCAUGCCCAGAGUGCGACAGCUCCCUGGGGUUGAUGGGGAGCGGAGUGGUUAGGCGUUGGGCUGGUCAACCCGAGGUUAGCAGUUUGAAGCCACCCCACCCC